AUGGUCAAGGCUGUGCACACCAUUCACGAGGCUAAAAUCAUUCAUGGAGAUUUGAAACCAGCAAACUUCUUGGUCGUCCGAGGAGAGUUGAAGUUAAUAGAUUUUAGGAUUGCAAAAGCCAUCACUAGCGACGACACGACAAAAGUUUUUCGGGAAGCUCAGGUAGGGACUCUCAACUACAUGUCCCCGGAGGCCUUAUACGGCACUGACUCAGAAACUGAUCUGCAAUCAGUAUGGUACCGAGUGGGGCGUGCAAGUGAUAUCUGGAGUUUAGGUUGCAUCUUGUAUCAAAUGUUGUGUGGAAGAGCGCCCUUCGCCCACAUCAAAGACACUCUUCAAAAGCUGAACUGCAUUCAGAAUCCAAAGUACGAAAUAUCAUACCGUCAUGUAACCGACCCUGUUGCGCUUGAAGUCCUCCACAGAUGCCUGCAGCGCGACCCGCAAAAUCGUAUGUCCAUUCCAGACCUUAUGCAACAUCCCUUCGUUUACCUUAGCCACGAUCGCAACAUAGACGUAGCAAAUGGCAGCAUGAAAAGCGCGAGCAUCUCAGAGGAAUAUUUGCUCGCUCUGACCAUGGAUUUUCUGGACAUUGUGAAAAGAGAAGCGGUUCGUCACUCUCUUAUUUCCAAUGUGGUAGAUGACAGCGACCUGGCACUUUUGCCCAACAUCAUGAAAGCCUUCAUCCCCUGUAUUCGGAAAAGGCUCGGAAAGCUAUCGGCCUCAGUGACACCAGCUCCGUCUGCGACGGGAAAAAGUAAUUAUCAGAACCAGUCCUGGAAAGGAGGCGCUUCCCCAACGACAUGA